GGCGGAAAAUGAAAAACAGAGAGCACUCGAAGCGAAAAACGAUACUCUCUUCUUUCCGCACUGCGAAACCAGAGAAGUUAUGUACCGAGCGGCGGCGAAGGCGGCGGUGCUCCUCCGCUGCGCGCCGGACACCGUGAUCCACCGCAAUGUGCGCGUUCUGUCGCCUCUCCUUCAGGCGGCCGUCGGCAGCCCUCGCUUCUCCACUUCAGUGGACAGCCACCGAUCGCCGCCGCAUCAAAGCCCUAAUAAACACCAGAGUCAUCAGCACGCGGGUCCAGAGACUCCGUAUUACGUGGACUCCACUGGAUCACCAUCGGCAGCAGCAGCAGCAGCAUCGGCAUCGUCGUCUUCGAGUGGGCCCACAUCGUCGACGGCCGAGGAAGCCCGACGUUGCCAUAGAAAUAGUCCCUUAGCGGAUUAUCAGGAGGAGCAACGUCGCGUGCUUCAGGCCUCUCUUCGACACGUGAAAACGUUGGGAUGGUCUGAAGCAGCCCUGAUUGCUGGGGCAAAGGAUGUUGGUCUGUCGCCUUCAAUUGUUGGAUCUUUCCCAAGAAAAGGAGCUGCAUUAGUCGAGUACUUCAUGGAUGAUUGCUUGCAAAGGCUUAUCGACAGGAUCGACUCUGGAGAUGAAUUGAAUGGCUUGAUACCUAGUGAGAGGAUUUCUAGAGUCAUUAGGAUUCGCCUAGAAAUGCAGGUUCCUUAUAUAUCAAAAUGGGCCGAAGCUCUUGCCAUUCAGGCACAACCAUUGAAUGUUCCAACUAGUCUUAAGCAGCGGGCGAUGUUGGUAGAUGAGAUAUGCCAUGCUGCUGGGGAUGACUCCUCUGAAGUUGAUUGGUAUGUAAAGCGCACUGUUGUUGGAGGAAUAUAUUCAACUUCCGAGGUGUAUAUGCUCACUGAUAGCUCCCCAGAGUUUCGCGAUACACAGGCAUUUGUGGACAAUCGAGUGAAAGAUGCUUUUGACUUGAAAAAAACAUUCCAAGAGGCGACACAUUUGGCAGAAGCUGUCGGCGAAGGAGUGGGAAGGUCCUUGCAAGGAUUUGUUAGGGGAGUUAUGCAGAGAUGAGAUUCUGCGCAUCAUCACGGCAUGAACAGAUUUGUUAGUGGCUGGCCUGGUCUGUGUCGUCCAUGUCUGCCUAUCUCGUCGUGGUCCUGUUCACCACUUCAGCAUGGAAUCCAUUCCAGGAGAACAUGCCGGUCGCAAAGAGUCUUUUGACUGCUCAAUUUAGGUCUUUUUGUGCUUUGCUUGUCCACCCUUCUCCUUCACUUUGCUAAUAGUCGCAAUGACACGGUUACGACUAUUUACAGCUUUCUUGUUUCGUCGAGUAGGGGAAAUCACAGCCUUGUUGGACAGUGAUGCUUAAAGAAGGGCGCACCUACGGGCAAUGAAUUAG